AUGUUGUUCGCCCCUAGCGGACCCCAGAGUCCGCGCCGUCGCAAUCGCAUCAAAGCUAUCCUAAUCACAAUCGGCAUCGUCCUUGCACUAUACUUCCUCUUCUUCGCAGGCCCCGAGUCGCCUACCAAAGCUGUCAACAAUGACCGACCGAGCUAUGCGCAACGUCCUACUCCCAAACCCAAGGCCGACUCCAUAGACGAGCAGGCUCGUCCGGCAAUUCGAAAACGCAAGGAUAUGAUCGUGGCCAGUAUGAAAACUGACGACACGGCUUGGCUGGCUGAGUACUUCCCGGACUGGUCGCGGAGCAUCUACGUGGUAGACGACAAGAAGGCCCCGUUGACAGUGGCUAAGAAUAAGGGACGGGAGUCGAUGGUAUACUUGACGUACAUCAUCGACAACUACGAGAACCUCCCUGACAUCAUGCUAUUCAUCCACUCGUUGCGCUACCAAUGGCACAACGACGACCCAUACUACGACGGAGUCCCCAUGCUCCGCAAUUUCCAGGUUCCCUAUCUACAGAAAAUGGGAUACGUCAAUCUGCGCUGCGUCUGGACACUCGGUUGUCCCGUGGAAAUCCACCCUCUGACAGAUACACACCGUGACGAUGUCCAUGCGGGCGAGUACUUUAGGACUGGAUUCUCGGAGCUAUUCCCGGGUGAGCCUAUACCCAACGAGGUGGGUGUAUCGUGCUGCGCGCAGUUCGGUGUUACCCGUGAUACAGUCCUCGCAAAACCGAAGAGCGAUUAUGAGCGAUUCCGAGUCUGGCUUUCGAACACAAGUCUAGGGGAUGAUUUGAGUGGUCGGAUCAUGGAGUAUUCAUGGCACAUGAUCUUCGGCAAACCACCUGUUCAUUGCCCCGCAGCUGGUGAUUGCUAUUGUAAUGUUUUCGGACUGUGCAAUUUGAAUUGUCCUAAUGAUGCCGUAUGCGAUAAUCGCUAUGUGCUGCCGCCCUUCUCUUCACUACCGAAGGGCUGGCCUUUCCUUGGAUGGAAGGGUCAAGAACAGGAUCCGACUUAUGGCCUUCCUGAGACAUGA